ACGCUUGCUAGCCCGUCCUGACGCUUGCACGUCUCCCUCCCUCUUCAUGCGCGACUGCGGGGGCUCAUUCAAAUUUGUCUUGCGGAACACGCAGAGAUGAGCAGGACCUCAGUUUCCCUACCGGAAGCCCUUGGGUAAAGGGGUCCGAGGAGGAAAAAAGUUACCGUGCUAUUUCAAACUUAGAAGCCGCGCAUCCCGGGAACGUUCGGGGUUCCAGAAAAUAGUCGCUUUCCGUCAGUUCUUGGGUGUAUGGGAGGGGGGCCCCAAUCCCCAGAUAAGUGGCUUUCAAUAACCCUGAGCAACAGGACGGGACAGACCCCGGCUGCUGGCCAUGUACAGCCGGGCUUAUUCCUUGCUCCAGAGAGACUUCAGAGAGCUCAUGAGGAAAAGUUAUAAGGGCAUCACUGCUUCUCCCAUCAGUGAGGACAUGAUGCAGUGGAAGGCGGACAUCCAAGGUCUGCAGAACUCACCGUGGCAGGGAUUAGUUUUUGAACUUGCGAUACAUUUUACACCAGACUACAACUUUGUCCCUCCGGCUGUGAGAUUCGUAACCAUUCCUUUUCACCCAAAUGUAGACCCUGAUACUGGUGAGCCCUGUAUCGAUUUUUUAAACAACUCUGCUAAAUGGAAUUCAAGGUACACGCUGGGCAGCAUCCUGCUUGCCCUACAGGUUAUGCUUUCUAACCCAGGGUUGGAAAACCCAGUGAAUUUGGAAGCAGCCCAAAUGCUGAACGAAGAUCAAUCCAUGUACGAAGUAGUACUUCAAAGGCUUUUCCAGCGAUCGUUACAGUCGGAAGAGGGCUGCCUCCUGCUGCCUAAACCCUCCCAUGAGCUCGUCAGCGCUGAGAACAGAACCAAGGGCCGCGUGGGUGCUAGGCAAGUGCUCAACAGCCAAGUCUUUCUAACCCAUCACAGGAAAGGCGUCAGCGGUGGUGCGGUGCCUGUGCGGCGGCUGCAGAAUGGGAGGGUGAGGCAGCUACUGGGGAGGCGACCCGUGUGCUCUGUGAAGAGCUUCGUGCACAGAAGCCCGUUACUGGCCCGAGCUUGCACAGUGGGUCUCUGGGGCUCCAGAGGAACCAUGGAGGCCCACCUGGCUCGCCUGCGCUCCCGCGUCAGGCCAUCCAGAGUGAUCUCAUUUGAUGAUUACCACAAGACCUGGUGUGGAAUAGCCACGUCGAAAGCCACAGAAUCCCACAGAAGGCCACUGCUUGAAGACCCUGACCUCACCCGACAGUAUUCUAAGUGGAGGGAGAAGGAUCUACGGUGUUCUGAAGAAUGGAAGCUUAAGUUUGCCGCCACCAGGUCUCGGUGCGCCCGAGAACGCAGAGCGCCUGCUAUGGCCAGCCCCGCGGGGAAGAGGACCCACGCCUGCCCCAGUCCAGAAGAGCUUCCACCUGGGUCACAACCGGAAGCAGGCCACAGCCCCGGGACCGGGGACCCGGAGGAUGACUCGUCGGAUGAGGACCUGGCGUACAACUACUACAAGCACAAUUCCUGGGAAGACGAAGUAGACGACCUGGUCGCCUGGGCCGACGCUCUCGACACGGACGCCUUGGAGGACUGGGACUGACUCCAGGCCGCCUGCCGCAGCGCUCGGCGCAGCCUCCGUGGAGCCGCCCCCUGCA